UUGGAGACGAGAUUCUGAAUAUUAUAGCUGAGAACAUCAUCUGCUGUACGAAAUUAUGCAUUUCUUCGUUUUCCUAUUGUCCGUUUCCGCUUUAAUAGUUCAGGGAAAUGCCCAAUAUCUGCGGUACUACAGCGACGGCUUCUAUCAACAUCCAAGCUACUAUCCUGACACUGACAUUAUUCCGUCUCCAAACUUGAUUCCUGGUGGCCGUCUUUUCUGGAAUCUUUAUGCAAGGACAUCAACGACCACCACUACUUGCACGGUUUUUACUGCUGUGAUUUGCGCUGGCCGCCGCAAACGAUUUCUUACAAGCGAUGACGACUCCAUCGAACCUAGUCCAGUCAACAAGAUUGAGGUCACACAGGUUGCCGAGAUGGAACCCUCCAGCACUAGGAAGGAUCGCAAAGCUGAACCGCAAUUGCCGUACUGGCGUGACUAUUCUGACUACGGAAUCCCCGAGUCCACGUUUGACCACCGUUUAUUCUAUCCUUCUGCUAAUUACAAUCCAUACCUUCGUCAGCCAGUGAUUGUCGCUGAUCCGCGCUUGUUUUUCCGACCUAUCACCUCAACGUUUACCACCACCGUCAGAUCGACACCUGUUUGUUCUCAGCCAAGUGGAUUCAACCAAUGUUAGACCACAUAGCCAUUGGCACUGCAAAUGAAUUAUAAUAUUUACCGUAGUAACCAAACUUAAAGGCGAUAGUCGAUACUUAUCUUGGUAAAUUCAGUUGAAAAAGCGCUGGAUCUAAAUUUUGUACUUUGCGCAUGAAAAUACAUAAAUUAAGUGAA